CGCACAGAGAUCCGGAAUAAUAUGACGUUUCAGAAAUAAAAUAAAACUGCGGAUCAGAGAGGAGGGGAGGUUCGCUCAGUCUGUGGAUACCUGUGCGUAUCUGCUCCGGCAGCAGGUGCACCACAGUCCUCUGAGGAGAGAGUUUUCUUUUUGUCCGGAUCGGGAAGUGAGAGAAGAAGAAAUCUUCCUGGGAUUACCUCCCUCUUUUCUCGCCCGAUCUCAUCUGUUUCUCAGCCACUUUGAGAGCAAACUUUCUCUGCAGCCAGGGUCCAACUACUGCUCUGACUAAAACAAUAUCGUAAGGAGCUUUUUCUUUUUUAAUUCGUGUACUGUUCGCUCAGACUGUUUCCAAACGCGGAGUACCGGGGGCACCAUCUCCAACCAGAGCGCAGAACCCAUCCGAACUGUAAACUUGUGAGUUGUGGCACGAAUCGGAGUCCGUGUUUAAUUUGAAUGUGUUGAAGAAGAGGACAAUGUCUGGAUUAUUACAGCCGCUGCUCAGCCUGCCUCGAGGAAGAGGCAGGGACUGAGGGAAGAAGAGAGAGAAACAGAGAGAGAGGAGGGGAAGAGGAGAAGAAGGAGGGAAGUCGGUGGCGUACGGCUGCCGUCCUCUAGUUCCUUUGCGCCUUUGCCGCACGGGUUUCUUCCUCAUCUUUUUACUGGAUACAGGGACACAAAUCUAGAGGCGCACGGGAAGGAGCUGCGUUCACACCCUGGGCCAGUGGGAGGUGACUGUCAGAAGAAAUGCCGGUCCCAGGUGCCCUAGUACAUCACCACCGGGACCAUGGCAACUCCUUGGCCAAUGAGAAGAGAGAGGUGCUCCCAUGGCUCUGCCUGCCUUGCUAGAUGGUCAGCGUCCUCCUUGAUGCUCCUAUGGUUGCCUUGGGUGUUGCUAUGGCAGCCAUGGCCCACCCGAGCUGAACAAGUGGGCGGCGGGGGACACAGCGGGAAGCCAAUCCAUAGUUCGCUAACGUCUGCCUCAUCCUCAUCAUCCUCCUCGUCCUCGUCCUCUUCCUCCUCGUCCCCCUCCAGCACCUCAUCGUGGGGGUUCAGCACGAGGCAGAGUGGGGGGCAGCUGGACUGGCUGCUGUCAGAGAAGGGACCUUUCCACAGAUGUCCGGAGUACACAGAGUUCAGAGAGCGGUUCCAGCAGGGAUUUUCUACCAGAUACAAGAUUUACAGGGAGUUCAGCCACUGGAAGGUGAAUAGCCUGGCCACGGAGAAGAGAGAUUUCCUCAAAGCUCCGUUGCCCUUAGCACCAGAGUUCCUGCGCAACCUCCGGUUACUGGGGCGACGACCAACCCUGCAGCAAAUCCACGAAAACCUCAUCAAGAAGUAUGGGACCCACUUCCUAGUUUCUGCUACCCUGGGAGGAGAGGAAUCUUUGACCAUUUUCCUGGACAAGCAGAAGCUGAACAAGAAGUCAGAAGGCAACAGCAACAGUUCAGUGGUGUCCCUGGAGCUGCUGCAUCAGUUGGCGGCUUCCUACUUCACAGAUCGAGAGAGCACCCUAAGGCGCCUGCACCACCUCCAGAUCGCCACCUCUGCCAUCAAGGUAACUGAAACAAGGACGGGUCCUCUCGGCUGCAGUAACUACGACAGCUUGGAUUCAGUUAGCUCUGUGUUGGUACACAGCCCAGAAAAUAAGAUCCACCUAAAGGGCUUGCAAGAUGUCCUUCCAGAGUUCCUGCGUGGGCGAUUUGUGGAGGCAGCCCUCAGCUAUGUGGCCUGCAACUCAGAGGGUGAGUUGCUCUGCCGCAACAACGACUGCUGGUGCCGGUGCUCUUCCCGCUUCCCAGAAUGCAACUGUCCCUUCGCGGACAUCAAGGUCAUGGAGGAGAACCUGGAGAAGAGCAAGGAGGCCUGGAGCGGCUUUAACCAAGAGUUCAUGGAAUCAGAUGAGUUCAAAGCCUUCCUGAAGCGCCUGCCCACCGACCGGUUCAUGAACGUGUCCAUGAUUGCCAAGCUCUGGUCGGCUGACUUGUCCCUGCAGAAGCGUUACGCCCAGCUGGAGUCCAGCACAGCCCUGGUCCUGGGAAAGGCUCAGAAGAUCAUCAGGAAACUGUUCACCCUGAGCAAACGCUGCCCCAAGCAACCUCGCAUCAGCCUGCCCCGAGAGAGGUCCACUGGGUAUUGGCUGAACAGGGCCCAGUCUCUGCUGUACUGCAAUGAGCAUGGAGUGCUGGGCUCCUUCUCUGAGGAGUCGAAGAGCUGUAGCUGCCCUGUGGAGCAGCCCACCUGCCAGGAAGUCAUUCCCUGCAUCGUGGGCACCUCACCCACCUCCUGCUCCUCCUGUGCCCCUGAUAAUGCGACCCGCUGUGGAGCCUGUCACCAUGGCAACUUCCUCCAUCUUGGCUCCUGCCACCCGAGUAUUGCCGCAUCCCUGGACCACUAUCUGAACUUGGACCUGGACAUGCCUGAUGCUGAGGUGAAGUACCUGCUUCAGCGACUGGACAGCAGAAUAGAGGUCCAUGCCAUCUACAUCAGCAAUGAUGUCCGCCUGGGAAGCUGGUUCAAUCCUGCCUGGAGGAAGAGGAUGUUGUUGACACUCAAGAGCAACAAAAAUAAGUCCAAUCUCAUUCACAUGCUGAUGGGCAUUUCUUUCCAGAUAUGCUCGACUAAGAAUUCUACGCUGGAGCCCGUGCCUGCGAUUUACGUGAAUCCUUUUGGUGGGAGUCACUCAGAGAGUUGGUUCAUGCCCGUGAACCAGCCUGACUUCCCUGACUGGGAGAGAACUCGACUGGAUGCCGUUGUCACGGCACAGUGUUACAACUGGACACUGUCUCUGGGCAGCACAUGGAAGUCCUUCUUUGAAACGGUUCACAUCUACCUGCGAAGCCGCAUUGUCACAGAUGAUCCAACAGUGAAUGAAACUCUCUUCUAUGAACCGUUGGACUUGGAUGACCAGACGUCCAACCUGGGGUACAUGAAGAUCAACACGCUGAAGGUGUUUGGAUACAGCCUGCACUUUGACCCUGAGGGCAUCAAGGAUCUGAUUCUCCAGCUGGACUACCCCUACACGCAGGGUACACAGGAUGCUGCCUUCCUGAUGUUGUUGGAGAUGAGAGAUCGGAUUAACCGACUUUCUCCACCAGCACCGCAGCCACUAGACCUGUUUUCCUGCCUGUUGCGCCACCGGCUCAAGAUGUCGGCCGGCGAGGUGGUUCGCAUCAAGGACGCUCUGCAGAUCUUCAACUCCAAGCUUCCCAAUGCUUCUCCCGAACCUGAGCUGGUCCAGCUGUGCAGCUAGCUAUCUCGCUUAUAAGAAAAUUCAAGUUCAGGAGUGAUACUACAAACUGAGUUGCUGCUUCAGGGGCGAACCCAAACUGAGCAGAGGAGGUCCCACCAUGUUGGCUUUUUGGACCCACAUCCUCUGGAUUAACACUCGACUCUGAGGGCAGACUUGGCUUUUCCUGUGGUCACAUUUUUAUUAGUCAUUUUUUGGGAGAACAGCUGAUGCGUGGAGGUUUACGUUUUGCAGUGACUGCCCUGCUUUUGGUUACCUGAGCGACUGAUUGAAGAGACUCUCAAACGUUGGCAGGUUAUGUCGAUUGGAACCUCUGAGAGCUGAUGUCAUUACAUAUACCUUAGACCUUUGCCUUUCAAAGAUGAAGUUGAUUUUCAUACACAGAGAGGAACUCAAAAGGGGUCAAUGGAAAAGGAUUUCCCCUUUUCUACGCCUAUUUUCUUUGGCUACUGAACAAUCUUGGGGAAGGGAAAAUGGAAUAAUAUUAUAUAUGUGUUGAAUGAGUUAUGUUAUGCUUAACAGUUUAAAAUUUGAUAAUUCUGAACCCUGUUACUGUCUUUGAAUAUUUCUUUUUAAUCCCUGCUUUCCAUUUUAUCUGGCAUUUGAGAACUCAUAAUUGACUUGAGUGAGAAGCCAGUUAGUGAUGUUCUGUCCUUGGUGGCGUAUCUGUACCAAAAGAAGGUGAACACAUCAGCAAACUGAAUGGCAAAGUAUCCUAAAUGAUGGGGUCUUUUUUUUUUUAGCUAAAAAUCUUCUCAAAAUCUUCUGAUGUGAUAAAAAGGUUGGCAGAUACAACGCUGUAAAUAACGCUCCAUCUAACCCUGAGUGUGGACAAGUGCACAUUGCUUUUUAGAUAACUGAGUGCAAAGACCAAAAAAAUGUUUAUAACAAAUUCAUGCCUUAUAUGGAAAUUCAAUGUUACGAUAAGAAGCACAUCUGGGUUUUGUGUUUGGUUCUCUGCGGAGGCUGUAUUGCUUUUUAUAUCUCAGUAUUCCUACCAAGACAGAGCAGCAGACACGUUCUCCAGGAUAUGUGGUAAUGUAACUUUUCCAUGUAAAUUCUGCAGAUACUUGUUAUGAUUUGGUGUUGUGAAACUUCUUGAGUCACUAUCACACAGUGCACACCAGUACUUACAAUAACUGUAAUUGUUCUGCUAAAUCCUUCUAUCUCCAAUUAGACAAAAUUUCAGUGACUGAUUUUAAAAAGUAAAAUUGUUUGGUUUAGUCUCAGGUCAAUUAUUUUCGGUUUUCUUUUCAUGCGUGGGUCCGUUGUCAGCUGCCAGUUACCACAGCGACUGGACUUACUAUGAUUUCUGCAGGGCAGUGAUUGUAGGCCUGUACCCUUGAGCUCAAGAACUUGAUAUGAUUUUACAUUAACUUCACUAAUUUCUCACUGAGAGUCAGUAAACCUUGUCAAUGUCAUUUUCAGCUGUUCUUCUGUGCUCAGCUUGCUUAAGUAAAUACACAGUGGUUUACCUAACUGGCAUCCUUCUCCUUGUUUCAAUGCUAGCUUUCAGUUCUCCUUGUAACAUGUACAUUGCAAUAACAUGUUGAUAAAUAUAUU